AUGUCUCGAGACUCGAAUCCCUGCUCACUGACUAUUCUGUUACUACUUGUGAUUUUGGUUAUUUCGAUAUCGAACUAUUUCACUUUCAGCAAGAUUGAAUAUCACGUUAUUUCCUCAACCGAUACAGAUUCUUCCAACAUCAUCAGUCUCUACCAAUCAGAAUCCAUCAAAGAACUUCGGAAAAAUGCACUUUUAACAGCGGAAAAUGACAGGAAACUGCUAUUCAAUGCAUCGAUAAAAGCUACUAGCCAAGAUUUCUACAAAAUGGUCAAAGUUGAAGCACAUUGUGCUCAGAAAGAGCGGAUUGGAGAGAAGGGAGACGGAGGGAAAUAUGUUUGUAAUCCGAAGAAGGUCAAGAAGGAUUGCACAUUGCUCUCUUUGGGUCUCAACAACCAAAUCGGGUAUGACCAGCAUAUUUACGAAGCAACGGGUCGGCAGUGCAAAAUUCUCGGGGCAGAUCUUGACCCACAAAACCAACAGACCAAAGAUUCCUAUGCAAAAAUGAAUGGGGAACUGUUUGCUGGCCGGAUUCCAAACGAGAUAACCAUCCCUCAAAUGCUAGAGAAAGCAGGAAGAAAAGAAGUGGAAUUGCUGAAAAUUGAUAUUGAAGGAGGAGAGGUUAUUGCUCUGGAACCGCUCAUCAAGGACUAUUUUGUGUGUCAGAUUUUCAUCGAAAUUCACGGAAUGCCAUCUGAUCAAUUGAGAAUGCUCCAGAUUAUUGCAAAAUACGGCUUCCGGAUAUUCAAUGUCGAUGAGAACUUAUUGUGCCCAAUGUGUUGUGAAUACAGUAUGAUUAAUGAGUUGUGUAUGGCACAGUUUGGAGUUGUUCCAUUGGGCAUUACUAUUCCACAACAAAUUGAUGUUAGAAGAAUGGAUCACUUGGAUGGAAAUUAA